GUCAGAGCCGGUACAGAUGACUGAUGCAGACCGAAUGAGUCAACGUAAAAAACCCCGGCUUCGAGAUGACGCUUCAGAUGGUGGUCGAUCGCUCGCCAACAUGAGCACAGCAUGCUCCCUUCGUCAGGGCAUUGGGGGAGCGCAUCACCUGGGCGCUUUGAUCGCUCCAGAGGCGUUUGGAUCUCCGAAAGAUAGAUCAGUGAACCAGGGCCAACUUCUAGAAGAAUCUGCGCUCGGUCUUCACUCUUUAGGACAAAAAAACUUGGACAAGUGGUGCGAGGAUGGCUGCAUGGAGACCCGCAACAGAUCGGAGGAGGUGUGGAGAAAGGAGCUGAUUGAAUUUUCAUUCCCCUUUGUCAUAGCAGAUCCAUCAUUCCCGACAUGUCCAGUCAUCCUUUGCAGCCAAGGAUUUAACCAAAUCUCAAGUUGCUCAGAUGAGGUGCUAGGAAGGGGCCUGAAAUCUCUUGGUGAAGCUGGAUCUUUGAGCAAAGAGGUAGCUGCCGCGGUAGAUGCUCUGAUUUGUUCAGCGCAUGCUGGGAACUUUAUGCCAGAAGGUGUUUGUUGUCUGGCAGGUUCCGACAGGAUGACCGCCGGCGAACUUCUCUUUGCAACAAGCAGUGGCAUGGCCAUCCUAAAGCAAGUGAUGCUGGACGAUGACAUGUUCAUAAUUGGGGUCCUAGACAAGGAUCGUGGAGACUGUGACCUUAUCCGGCGCCUCACAGCCUGGCUGGACGCUGCAGUGACAACCCUUGCAGCCGAAUUCUUCUACUCAGCUCCAUUGUGCCGACAGGUGGCAGAUGGCAUUGACUAUCCUGACAUGACUCAGCGGUGA